AUGACAUCCUCGACUCAUCCCUCGGGACGAACAUGGGAGCGGUCAACAAGUUGCAAGAUAACAGAGGUGGGUAUCAGAUUUCCUAUUCCAAGCUUCAUGAAGAUUAAGUUAGGCAUUAAGUUCACACUUGAUCCAAGAAAAAAGGCCGAAAAUUCUAGUCUUUUCACGAUACUGGUUUUCUCAUAUUUGAGUGAUGGAGCUAACGGAAGAGUUAAUUUGAAAGAAGUUGAUCGGAAAUUAAAGCAGCUUAACAAGCCUGCAGUGAAGACCAUACAUAGUGAAGAUGGAGAUAUUAUUGACUGUGUUGAUAUCUACAAACAACCUGCUUUCGAUAACCCUGCGUUGAAGAACCAUGUUAUCCAGAUGAGACCCAAUUUUGAUUUCAAAGAAGAGAAACGAAGCACGAAGAACGAGUCAUCGAAGCUGGCUGCAACUCUUGUUGCAUUAGGAUCCAGAUACAUAGGAGCUAAAGGAGAUAUCAAUGUUUGGAAUCCAUCCAUUGGAUCAGAUGGUGUCUUCACCACUGGUCAAAUCUGGGUUAAAGGUGGCCCUGUUGAUGAUUAUGAAAGCCUGGAAUCUGGAUGGAUAGUACACCCAGUUCAGUAUGGUGACAAAAGGACCAGAUUCUUUUUAUACUGGACUACAGGUUCAACCUCGACAACUGGUUGUUUUGACCACAAUUGCGAUGGCUUCGUUCAAAUAAGCCGUGAAAUCGCUCUUGGUGCAGCUAUUGAGCCCUUGUCCAGAUCCCAAACCAAACAAUUGGGUGGAGUGGUUUGUAACAAUAACGUGAAGAAAACGCCGCAUACGACCACCGCCAUGGGAAGUGGACAGUUUGGUGAGGCUUUAUACAGGAAAGCAUGUUACGUCAAAAAUAUUGCGAUCGUGGAUUAUUAUUCAGGGGAUCUCCAGUAUCCAAGGUGGCUGGGCACUUGGGCCGAUGAAACUAACUGCUACACUGGUUCUUUUCACUUCCUAGAUUUUUACUUUGGGGGACCUGGACGGUGUCCUAAUUGUGAUUGUCCCUGA